UCAAUCAAAGCAAACAAAUAUGUUGGCAACAAAAUUUCUACAAUUCUCCGCUCACUUUCAAAACAAAAGUAUUGCUAAAUUUCAAGUUCAGCGCCGCCAGCACAGUGCACGCAUAUUGCGCGGCCAGCGUCCGCAUCCCAAGACCCAAUUCCAGGAAGCCUACGAGCUAUGUGCCAAACUGCAGCUAAGCAAUGCCACGCUGCAUGAGUUGGUCAAGCGCACCACUGGCGAACUCAAGCGCGGCCUAGACCAGCAGCAACAUGCGCAGGCCAGCGUCAAGUGCUAUCCAACGCAUGUGCAGCAGCUGCCGACGGGUCAGGAGCAGGGCAAAUUUCUGGCCGUCGAUUUGGCUGGCAGUGAUUUUCGUGUGCUGCUGUUCAAGCUGAGCGGCAAGCGACAAAUGCAAAUCGCUUCGCGUAAAUGCAGCAUCAGCAAGCAACUGCGCAGCGGCUGUGGUGAGGAGCUGUUUGAUUAUGUGGCCCGCUGCUUGGCCAAGUUCUGCAAGCGGCAUCAGGUGGCCAAGGAUAUACUGCCGCUGGGCUUUGCCUUCAACUUUGCGUACGAGCAGCAGGCGCUGGAUCGCGGCGUGCUUAGCAGCUGGUCCAAGGGCUUUGAUUGCAACGAUGUAGUGGGUCAGGAUGUAGUGCAACUGCUGCAGGCAGCGCUCAAUCGACGCGAGGAUCUGUUAGUGCAAGUGGUUGCAGUGCUAAAUGCUGCAACGGGCACGCUGCUCGCCUGCGCCUUUAAGCAGCCAGCCUGUCGCAUUGGGCUCAUCGUGGGCGACAGCACCAAUGCCUGCUAUGUGGAGCAGUCGAAGAAUGUGCAAAUGUUUGAGAACAAAAACUCGCUCAAGUGCCACAUGUUAAUCAAUACAGAGUGGGGCGCCAUGGGCGAAGACGGCGCCUUGGAGUUUAUGCUCACACCCUUUGAUCUAAUGCUGGACAAGCUGUCGGCAGAGCCAGGCAAACGCAUCUUUGAAAAGUGCAUCUCUAGCUGCUAUUUGGGCGAACUUGUGCGUCUUAUACUGCUGGAGCUCAUUUGCCAGGGCAGCAUAUUUCGCACCCAAAGCUGCGAACGGCUGCAACUAAAAAAUCAAUUCGACUGCGGCUUCAUCUGCGACAUUGAAUCCGAUGCAGUUGGCUCCUAUGUUCAUUGCAAACAAGUGCUGGCGGAGCUGGGCAUACUCAAGCCAAGCGUCAAGGACAUGGCAUGCGUGCGUUAUAUUUGCGAAGCGGUCUCCACGCGCUCCGCUAAGCUCGUCGCCUGCGGCAUUGUCGCUUUGAUCAACAAGAUGCAGCUGCAGCAUGUUGUCGUUGCCAUCGAUGGUUCACUGUAUCGCUGUCAUCCGCGCUAUCACACGCUGUUGCUGCAUAACGUGGCCAACUUGCUGCAUCCCAGCAUUAGAUUUAAUAUUGUGCAUACCAAGGAUGGCGCAGGCGUGGGUGCCGCUUUGCUAGCUGCACUGGCUGCGGAGUCUAAUCCGCCCGAAAAAUGCUCAAGUUAAUUUUUAUAAAAGUCCAAAUUUUAAAGCUCUUUUACUUUAAUAACAAUUAUUAGGCUUUUGAUA